AUGAAUAACAAAAACUACAAAAACACUGAAAACAAUCAAAUGAACGACGACAACGAUGACGUUGUAAUAUGCACCACCACCGAAGAAACUUCCACGCCUUUUAGGAUAGGCUCCGUUAUUAAGCGGACACCUCCAUCAAUAUUAAGUAGCAACGAAACAGUAAAUCGAUCAACAACAAUAUUGAAAACAAAUAAGCAAGAAGAAAUACGAAAGAGCCAGCAACAACAACAACUUGCGAAAGAUGUGGCUAUUAUUGAUCUAGCACAAGAAACCGUAGUAAGUCAGUUAGCCAAGCGGUUAGGACAAGAAAUUGACAGCCUCGUUCAAUACGUCGAGCCACGUAACAAUGUGCACAAAGAUAUAAAGAGAAUGUGCAGCACAAUUAAAAAGGCGCACACAAAUCUCAUCAUGCACAUAGAGAUGAGUGAGUACAAAGCCAAGUCAAACAUCACCUUGGUACAACAACGAGAAACGCCGUUGACAGCAAAACGAGACGCAACAUCGGUAUCGGCAAAAAGGACAAAAUCCAAAAUGAGUCCAAAAAAGCCUACAGAAGAAGCAACCAAAUCACCUGAUACUAAAAAGCGCAAAUCAGACGCUGUGGCCGAAAGGCUGAACCAACCAGUAGAAGAAUGGACGAAAGUACAACCAAAAAAGAAGGCAUCCAAUAUAAAAAAGGGUAAAUCAAUAAGACCGCGAGCCGAUGCCAUCAUCAUUGAAAAAAUGGAAAAAGAGAUGUCAUACGCUGAAAUUCUGCGAACAGUGAAAUCAAAUGAACAACUAAAAAACCUAGGCAACAAGGUUAAAACCCUGCGCCGUACACAAAAAGGAGACCUGCUUAUCGAGCUGAAAAAGAGCGAAAAAGCAGCAGCAAAUGAAUGUUGUGCCGCUAUUGAAAAGGUUCUUGAAAACGUAGCCAAGGUGAAUCUCCGGUCGCACAAUGUAACCAUCCAAUACAGAGGGCUUAUUAAAGAUCUGAACACUGAUGACGAGUUAUUCGACGCAAUGGAAAUGCAAGCAAAAGUGAAAAGACCUGAUAAAUGCACAAUCAAAAGUAGGCGCAAAACGUACGGAGGGACAGAGUCCACAUAUCUAAUGCUGCCAGCGGAAGAUGCAAAAAAAGUACUGGCGCGCGGACAUUUAAUUGUUGGUUGGACUCGCUGUCAAGUUACAGAAGUUACUACACCACAAAGGUGUUUCAGAUGCUGGGCAUACGAUCACUUAGCGCUCAAAUGCAAAGGACCCGAUCGCACAAAUAUCUGCAGACGAUGCGGCAAUGAAGGACACCGUGCAGCAAAUUGCAAUGAUGCAGAAAAAUGUGUCCUCUGCGAAGGUGCACAUACAGCUGGUAGCGGAAAAUGUCCACGAUACAAAGAAGCAUUACAGAAAAUCAAGGCAUGA